AUAAAAAGGGACGGCCAGAGCAUGGCCAUCUCUACGAUCUGCUGCUUCACACUUUGGCCAUCAUUUUGUUUGGGUUUUUUUUUCGUUUCGCCGUCACUCGACUACAAGCUGAAGAAGAUGGUGUGUACCCCAGCCACGCCCACAGCCGUUGUUGCCCUGCUCGUCCUGCUCGCCUUAGUCCAGACGUCCAGCGGCCAGAGCUACCACUACAGCAACGGCUGGUACCCCGGCAAGAAGCGCUCAGCCCAGAUGGCCGGCGACAGCAUCAUCGCAGGGGCAAGCGGCCCCGCAGCACGGUUUGAUGAGGCGUGCAACAUCAGGCCGGACGCUGUGCUGCUCAUCAACAAAGUUAUACAGGAGGAAGUGGCCAGGAUCCAGAAGACGUGUUUGGCGGACGUGCCAGUUGGGCUUAGAGAACUUUUAGAGACAGCGACAGGCGAAUAGACCCCCCCCCCUCCCCCUAUCAGGUGAGCCUGCGGUAGAUCAACGACUGCAGAAUCAAGGGAAGUAAUUACUGCUGAAACUAGAGGGAGGCAACUUGCCGGAAAUAAUGUUUCAAGACUAUUUUUUAAUACGUUUCUCUUUUUCUUGGACGAAUAGAUAAAAAAAAGAUAUGCUUGUUUUAAAUGUUAUUAUAAAACAAUAAAAUAGUUAGAUGACUCAGUUUAUUAUAAGAACAUCUGAAAGCAAUUAGUACAACAGUUUUUUAAAUGUGAUCUUGCUGCUGUAUCUUAACAUCGCUAGAAAAAUUCUCAUCCAGACUCAAGUUAGAAAAAAUUAUUAUCCUGACUACGUUAGAGAAAAUUAUUAUCCUGACUGCGUUACGUCAGAAAAAAAAAUUGUCAAACUCACGUUAGAAAAGAAAAAAAAUAUUUGUACUCGCCAUUUGUGUGGCAGAAGAAUGAUUUCAUGUCAAUAAACUGGGAAU